AUGGUGUGGGACUGGCGGCGUCAGGGCAUCAUUGUGAUGUCCUACCUGGACGAUUUUGUUGUGAUGGCGCCAGACUGUGAGGCCCUGCAGCAGAUCCAUGACACAGUCAUUACCCUGACACUGGACCGGCUCGGGUGGCUGCGCGAGCCCACCAAGGGUGAGUGGGAGCUGACCCAGUGUGCGGAGGUGCUGGGGCUUGUCGUCGACCUGGGCAUGGGCCUGCUUCGGGUGCCAGAGCCAAAGGUCGAGGCGCUCGAGGGCCUGUGCCUGCGCAACGUGUGCGACCACCGGACCAGACGCCAGCUGGCUGAGCUGGUGGGGUCAGUGACAGCAGUUUCCAGGGCAGCGCUGGUCCUGCACCUCUACCUGCACAGUGUCUAUCAGCUGAUUGGGCACAACUGGCGCGGGUGGAAUCGGCGUGUCCUGAUGGAUGUGGCGACGUGCGGCGACAUCGCGUGGAUCGGGAGCAACAUUCGCUUGGUGGCGGGGUCACCGCUCUGGCGCCCGUCACAUGUCAUGGUAUUCCAGACAGAUGCCUGCGACACGGGGUGGGGAGCUUGCAUUCCCAAGGUCGGCCUCCAGGCACGUGGCGCGUUCAUGGUGGACGAACUGGCAUGGCCAAUCCACCACAAGGAGAUGAAAGCGGUCAAGCUAGCUGUUGAGAUGCUGGGGCACUAUGUUGCUGGCUGGUGGGUUGAAUUUGAAAGUGACAACAUCAUGGUGGUUGUGUACCUGUGUGAUGGUGGUGGCCCUGAUCUGUGGAUGACUGACGUCAUGUGGCGUGUGUGGCUGAGGGCGGUGGCCAAGGGUUGUGGAGUCUACAAUGUGCAGUGGAUUCAUGGGAGCAUGGACAACAGGGAGGCUGAUUGGCUGUCACACUACUCCAACACCAACAAUUGGGAGCUCUCCUGGGACAUUGUCGCUGAGCUGGAGCAGCAGUUUGGGGGCUGGGACGUUGACCACUUCACCAACAACCUGAACGCCAAGGCUCCUUGUUUCAACAGCCUGUUUGGCUGUCCAGGCGUGGAGGCCGUGGACGCGUUCACGCAGUUGUGGAGUGGCAUGUGCAACCUUCUGGUGCUGCCAGUGCUGCUCAUUGCACAUGUGUUGGCGCACCUUGUUGAGGCUGGAGUGAUGGGCAUCCUGGUGGAUUGGUGGCUGCUGCUGCUCCUGGUCUCCGUUUGGUGGCAUGGCCUGGGGCAUGGCAGUGACUUCGCCAGGCGUGGCCUGUCGGGGGUGUUCAAGCUGGGUCAACGCCACGAGUGGCUGUGGGAGGCCCACGAGGUCAACAGGUCCCAAGCGCAGAGCUGGCGCAGUUAG